AUGUCAACCACUAACAACGCUAACACCAACGCCUACGCCGCUGGAACAGCAUCAGAUACCAGACAUCCCGUUGUUCCUGGUACUCAAGCUGAUGGAAGUGCAGGUGCCAAUGCAGGGCAAAGCUUAGGUGAUAAAGUCAAAGGCGGAUGGAAUGGCGCUGGAGAAGCUAUCCAAGGGAAUGCCAAUUCAUUCAUGGAUAACGUCGGAGAACAAAUCGCUGGUAGAGAUCCAGCCACAAGACCUGAGAGUCAUUCUGCAGGCGGCCAAAGACCUGCAGGUGUAGCUGCAACUGGUGCAGAUGAAAUUCAAAGAGGUGUAGCCGAGUUAAAGAAGUAG